UAUUGUAUUAUAUGAUAUUCUGCUACUCGUUGCUUUGGAGUAUUCCAGUAGAGUCAGUGACCCUCAGUAGUUGGGGCAGAGACAGUCGCCACCAAAGAUACUUUGGUCGCCACCUUGGCUGCAAGUCUCUGUAGGAGGGAGCAGAGGCAACAGUGUUGUCUCCUCUCUGGUGCCUUGUGUUGUAUCUGGUGGUCGCCCAACUAAUAAAGUGACCGAAUACAAUGCGAAUCCCCUUGUCCAAAUCCCUAAAGUUAUUUUUCUCUGGAACCAAACACACCUUUUUAGGAUGUAAACUGUGCCUCGUGACCCCAGAGGGUCAUUUCCAUAAAGGCGAGGCUGGCCAAACAUCCGCUGUGUGAUCUUUCAGACUGACUGUAGUCUCGGCAUCGCUGGCGGCUGAGGUGGGGAGAGGCGAGGACUGGGACACGGGCAAUCGUUCACAAUGAUCAGAUACAGUGUGUGGGUUGUCCUGACUCUUGCAGCCGCUUCACGGGCGGCUAUCCCCCCGACACAGAUUCAAAUUAGUCAAGAAAUGCCUCUUCGUCUGACUGGAACCUUUCCCACCUAUUCCUGCCCACUCUUCUGGACAGAGUUCAAUGGAUAUUGUUUCCGCUUCUUCCCCGUGACCAAGACCUGGGCAGAGGCCGACCUGUACUGUGCCGAGUUUUCAAAUGGACUUCGAUCAGCAAAAUUAGCAUCAGUUCACAGCUGGGAAGAGAAUGUGUUUGUCUAUGAUUUGGUUAACAGUCGAGUUCCUGGAAUACCUACAGAUAUUUGGAUAGGACUCCAUGAUAGAAGGGUGGAAGGUAACUUUGAGUGGACUGACGGGACAACGUACGAGUACAGUUACUGGGACGGCAACCAGCCUGAUGAUGAGAAACAACUUGUACAUGAAGAGGAGGACUGUGUACAGAUGUGGUUCCGACAGAACAGCGCUCUUAGAUCCUGGAACGAUAAUCGUUGCAACCGUGAAUUUCCUUUUGUUUGUAAAAUCCCCUCCCUGGAGAACAUCUAAGCAGCAGCUCCCUGGAGAACAUCUAAGCAGCAGCAGGCACGAAGCUGCGUGGAACUCACUCUGACAUUACUCUGGAAUCAGCAGCAACUGCCAUAAACAAUGUCGAGGUUCUGAUCUAAGUGCUCUCCAUCAUAACAUAAUUAUUCUGAAUAAGGGUCUCAAGAUGGGUCUCAUCCUGAAACGUCACCCAUUCCUUCUCUCCAGAGAUGCUGCCUGACCUGCUGAGUUACUCCAGAAUUUUGUGUCAACCUUCAAUUUAAACCAGCAUCUGCAGUUCUUUCCAACACAUAACAUCAUUAUUGUUUGCUGCUGCGUGCAGGAACACAGCUUGCUCUAAUUUCUGGCUGCUUGUUUUAUUUUCCAGCCUCGAUACAUCCUGACCCUUUUCACAUGGAAUAGAUUGACCUGCGUAUGGCUAAUCACCAAACGUUAAUAUUCUUAGAAUGUCUUUCUUUGAAUUUUGAUUAAUAAGUCAGAGUUGGCUUCCACAAAUAUAUUAGUUAGAUAUUUAUCAUUAUCUUAUGUUAGAUCAUUUUAGCUACAAACCUACUAAAAUAUGUAUAUGAUAACAUUCAGCAAAAAUAACUCAAACAUUCAUGCAUUAAAUUUCACGUAAUUAAGUUGCAGCAAACCAAACAAAUCUGAUAUUGCUUUUCAAGUUGUACUUUCAGUUUCAUGAUCCAGUUGUCAAAUAUAUACAUAGACAUAGAAACAUAGAAAAUAGGUGCAGGAGUAGGCCAUUCGGCCCUUCCAGCCUGUACCGCCAUUCUAAAUGAUCAUGGCUGAUCAUCCAACUCAGUAUCCUGUACCUGCCUUCUCUCCAUACCCCCUGAUCCCUCGAGCCACAAGGGCCACAUCUAACUCCCUCUUAAAUAUAGCCAAUGAACUGGCCUCAACUACCUUCUGUGGCUGAGAAUUAAAUAUAUAUCUAUAUAUAUAUAGAUAUAUAUAUAAUUAUAUAAUCUCUUUGGAUCUUUCAGACAUAUUAAAAAUGAACGUUGGGUAGAAAUAAAUAUAUAUUUCACUUGCCCAGUUACCAUUUGAACACUAGGUAAAUGGGAUAUCAUCCCUGGGUCCUAAUUAAAAAGCUGACAGGGCCUGACCAUGAUAAAGAUCAUCAAAUGUAAACAUUUCAGUCUGUUCCAAAAGGCAAUUCCACAUUUAGAGUCCUAGCCAUAGAGUGACACAGUGUGGAAAUAGGCUAACAAUAUCCCAGCUACAUUAGUCCCACUUGCCUGUGUUUGGUCCAUAACCCUCCAAAUCUGUCCUAUCCGUGUACCUGUCUAAUUGUUUCUUAAACGAUGGGAUAGUCCCAGCUCCAACUACCUCCUCUGGCAGCUUGUUCCGUACAUCCACUUCCCUUCUAGUUUGUUAGAACAGAAAACUUUAUUCCAUGUAGCUAGCAAACGUGUGUUUGGGGGUAGUUGUCACAGUGUGUAUUCGAACACAACAGAAUGAACCACCCCCCCUCCUGACUCUCACACUCACUCACACACGCACAAACACAUACAUGCACAAACACACACAUGCACAGACACACACGCACAGACACGCACAGACACAUACACGCACAGACACACAUGCACGAACACGCACAGACACACACAUGCACAGACACACACGCACAGACACACAUGCAUAGACACACACAUAUACGCACAGACACAUACACGCACAGACAUACACAUACACGCACAGACACACACAUACACGCACAGACACACAUGCACAGACACACACACACAGACACACACAUGCACAGACACACACAUACACGCACAGACACAUACACGCACAGACAUACACAUACACGCACAUACACGCACAGACACAUACACGCACAGACAUACACAUACACGCACAGACACAGACAUGCACAGACACACACAUGCACAGACACACACAUGCACAGACACACAUGCACGGAUGCACAGGCACACACAUACAUGCACACACGCACACAUAUACGCACAGAUACACAGACACACAUGCACAAACAUACACGUGCAGACAUACGCACAGACACACAUACACAUACACACACGCACAGACACACACGCAUAGACACACACACACACCCAACAAACACUUAUUGCCAAGCAGUGUUAUAAAAGCUGUGGCCACUGAAUAUGCAAAUCAACCAGCUUGUAGGAAUAUUGUUAUAGUAAUGCUUUUAUUUAUUUUCUAUGACAAAGGAGUUAGAUCUGUGAACAUGAUAUUUUUGUAUAACUCAUUGCUGUUCCUCUAGCUUGUUGACACACAAUGCGAUGUUGACACACAAUGCGAUGUGGCUCCUGGACAGUUUUACAGUAAAUGAGAUGCAGUAUUUUGUUUAAAAGACGUGUAGUUGUUUAGCUAAAAGGAAAACGUCCAUAUUUUGUAAUUAUAGCUAAUAUAAAAUAAAAAAAGCUUUUCCUUCUGUUGCAUUUCAAUUCACUAGAUCAAUAAUCCUCACGUUUCUCAGUUCUGAGUUUAUGCCGUUUAAUUACAGUUAUUUAGCAUGAGUUUCAGUUUUUAGAUUUUUAAUGUACACUCAAGCUUUGAAAGCCAAAACCGUUGAAUGUGUUACACAUUUUUUGAUUUUUGAUUUAAUUUUUUGUCAUUGUCUUCAAUGAAUAGACAACAAAAUUAUUUUUCCCUUACAGUCAUACAAAAAUAUAAAAUAAAUAACUAAAACACAGAACACAGUAGUCCACAACACAAACAUCCCUACAGCAGCACCAAAGUCCAGUCAACCUCCUCGCCAAUGUUCCCCAAUG